GCUUGUGGGAGAGGCGACCCAUGUUGCUACAUUUACAAAUUGGGGCAGAUUCUGGCGUAUUCCUGUUGCUCCAAAAGUGAAAGCACGCUCCCAGGUGGACUCGCUUGGAGAUUUGCAAGUCGUGUGCUGGACAAUCUGGAGCAUUUGGAAGGUCAGAAAUGAUGCCGUGUGGAAUCGGAGUGCUCCUCAACCCAGUUCUGCGAAUAGACUCGCCAUGGACAUGUGUAAAGCAUGACGGUUCCUUUGGAAUUGCUUUUAACAGACUGAUUCAAAGCACCCAAGACCCAGCGGUGGCAGAAACCAUGGCUUGCAAAGAGGCCAUAACCAAUCUCAGUUCGGACCUGCAGGCCACCAAGCUUCAUGGCUCUAGUACUGCCCUUGCCUCUCCUAAUACGCGACCUCCGGUUGGAAAACCAGUCCCUACCGGAACUCCAGGAACUCCACGCAGCAGUUACGGCCGGCACAGCUUCCCCGGACUUUUCAGCCUUAUAUGGUCGGCCUCCGCCAUCCGUCUUUCCGACUAUUGCAGUGCGUUCACGAGUACCGGAGGUCGAAGAGAUGUUGCGAGAGCGAGCGGACCUGUUAACCGAUCUUCAUGGCCAUUUGAUACGGAUGCAGCAGCGUAUGCGGUCCCAGGCAAACCAGCAUCGUUGAGAGGUGUCAUUCGCGGUUGGGGAUUUGGUGCUUCUCAAGCUUCGACCAUACCGCCAACACUUGGUGGCCCGACCUCUUUCCCCAAAUUGGCCCGCCGUUAUUAUGGCCCGUUUGAAGUUUUGGAGAAAGUGGGGGCUGUAGCAUACCGUUUGCGUCUUCCGGAUGGGUGCCGAAUCCACGAUGUUUUCCAUGUUUCUCUGUUGAAGCCGUUUGUGGGCAGGCCGGGCGAUACACCGCAGGUUUCUCUUCCGGCGCAAUUCUUUAAGGGGCGACCUGUUGCAACUCCAGUGGCCGCUGUGGACAGGCGUACGGUGAUGGUCGACGGUGCUCUCCAGGAAUAAUGGCGGGUGAAAUGGUCAGAGGGGUCCAACGACGACACUACGUGGGAGCCAAAGGACGAUCUGGUGCGCCAUUUUCCAGACCUUCGCCUUGAGGACAAGGACGUCCUUAACGGGGGGAGUUGAUACGG